AUGAUAAGAACAGCGCGGUGGGUACUCCGUGGGAGGGAGAAGAGAUUGUACAGCACCACGUUCACGUGGAGACGCGACAAAUUGGAUUCGCUUAAGUUGCUAUCAUACGAGUUUUACAAAAGAAGUCAAAGCAAAAAGGGGGUGCCUGCAAAGCUGCAGGGGGAGAUGGCCCCAGGCGGAGCGAUGCUGAGUGAGAGUGAGCUUCCGCCUGGUGAGCUUCCACAUGGUGAGCCUCCACCUGGUGAGCUGCCCCCCGGUGAGCGGCUGUACCGCGAAGCAAUAACCGUAAGCCACUCCGUUGAGCGGCUGUACCGCGAAGACAUAUACAACAGCCAAAGCUACAUCCUAAUCCUUAAGGGGCUAGUGAACACCCUCACCUAUGUAAGGGAGGAACGGAAGAGAGCACACUUACGCAAGCUUAUCUCUACCUUUGUGGGGUUCUUCCAACGAUACGUGCAUCUCAUGAAUGAACAGGACGUCACCUUAUUGUUAGAUGUAACGGCGAAGUGUUCCAUUUGGAAACCAGAAAUAAAUCAGUUGGUAAUACAGCGGCUCAGCAAGGGUGAAAAGAACACCUUGUUUUACUCUCUCAAUUCGAAGAGCGUUUGUAUUAUUUUGAAUAGCCUACACAAGGUGACACCUCAUGGGAACCAUGCCCAGCGCUACGUCAGGGAAGCUCGUCGUCUAAUCAGUGACGUCUUCCACCUGUACGUUGUCAACAGAUACAAGAAUUUCUCCUUAAGCCAAAUGGUCAUUGUCUUGCAUUCCAUGCAUCGGUAUGGUUAUGAGAAGUGCAGAGUGGCGAGUUUGAUAAGUCACAUUGCUCAGCGAGUUUUGGAGACAUGUCGAGGGGGGGAGGCCUCCUCCAAUUGUGGAGAUGUUAUCAACAGAGGGGGGGGCAUUGACGCUUUACCCUCGAGGGGUACCAAAAAGAGGAGUAAAACAAACAAGUCGGUCGAAUACGAAGGGGAUCCACCAUGUGAGUACAUAGCAGAAGAACCACGAACGGAUGACUACGCUUCUAUAUUCGACCUGCACAAUAAGUACGAGUUAAUCCUUUUGCACACACUCAGCUGCUACAAUUACUGCAACAACGAAUUGCUUCGUGUCCUCCUGUGCGAAGUUAAAAGGAAAAUAUUCACAACGUAUAACGAAAAGGAAGUCUGUAUGUUCAUCUCUGCAGUGAGUAACUAUCUCGCCAUACCCACAACAAAAAGGUUUGAAAUUUAUGUGACGGAUGAAGAAAGUAAUAUAAAUGAAGAUAAUCAAAUGUGUGUCUCCGAGUUGGUACGAACGAUCGUGACAAAGGACAAAAAACGGUUGGGUAAUUAUACCAAAUUUAGCAUCGCCACAAUUUAUAUUAUCCUGUCCAAAUUAAAUUUUUUUUACGAGAAUAAAUAUGCAGAUGUUUUUUUCUUGGACAAGCUGUUCCUUGCAAAAUAUUUUUCCCCAAAAAAAAAAAAUUUUUUUUCCCAUUGCGGAUAA